AUAGCUUAGGCAGCAAGAUAAUACCAGGUACAUUCACACAUAAUCAUAAUAACCAGACCCGACGCAUCAUCACGCCGGCACGAUGGCGGACCCCAACAUAGCAGAUCCUAAGGAACGAUUCUUCCGCUACUUUCAAGCCGAAAUAACGGCUAUCCAAGGCCAAAUCGAUGAUCUAGCAACCAUGUCUCAUGUAGGCGGAGAGCGACAAGACUGUAUCGACACGGUGUUGGCGGGGAUAUCCCGUUUGUCCAACGAGGUAAUGGAUGCGGGUGAUUACGUCCCUGCAUAUGAUCAACGAACAUAUACCCAGGCCAUCAAGGCUCUCACCGAUAAACUCAACGAGACGACAGCUAAGUUCGCUCCCAAAUCACGCUUCCAAUUCAAAUCCAAAUCCUCGAAAUCCGCUACCACAUCCGAACCCCAAGCCGAUCCACGAGUACGCACCUCCUUUAGCAAUGUCGGUUCCAAACAAUCACCAGUCCUCGAUGCUGCAAAGCGCGAUGCGGAAACUAGCGCUAGUGCAUCUGCGAAAGACUACAAUGAGGAGUUAGAGCAACAAUCAGGUGUUAGGAAGCCGAGUUUCUCUAAUGUGAAGAGUAUUGCUAUUUUCGACCACUCCGGACUACAUAUCGUGCUGCCUUCGACUGCUUCAAGGGCCACAUCAUCGGGUAGCUUGAGGAACCUAGAGCGAUGCGUGGUGGAUAUGACAAUUCCGACGAGCACGGGAGCACCGUUCGCCGGAUUGGCGCUGAAGAAUAUUAAGCAGAGUCUGGUUAUUGCUGGGCAUGUCGCGGGGCCCGUACACAUUACUGGACUUCAGAAUACCAUAGUGGUAGUCGCCGCGCGACAGGUCCGUAUCCACGAAUGUAGGAACGUCGACGUGUACCUCCACUGCGCAAGCCAUCCUAUUAUCGAGGAUUGCUCGGACAUGAGAUUUGCGCCGAUACCCGAGUUCUAUGCAACGAAAUCGGAGAUCGAAGGCACAAACCAGUGGGAUCAAGUCGACGACUUUAAGUGGCUGAAGACCGAGCCGUCUCCGAACUGGUCCAUCUUGCCCGAAGAGAGUCGCAUCCCGGCAGAUGUCUGGAAGAAUUCGGUUUGCGGUAGCCCAAGCCUCAGUACGGUCGACAUUCUACGAAAGGCUGGUGUGUUGAGUUCGUAAUAGUCAUAAUGGUCUUUCAGUAUUCUGGAAAGUUGUGAUCUGAAAAUUGGUGUACAAGCAAGACUUUAGCGUACGGCGUUGGCUUCCAUUCCUUCUCCUUUUCCGCAACCUGUACUCCCUAUUGUAAUAAAACUCGUAGUUCCCUAUCAAUGAAACUUAAUUCCAUGAGA